AUGGUAUCCUGUGUGUGUGUGUGUGUGUUUCUUGCAACAGCAGCAGCAGCAGCAGCAGCAGCAGCAGCAGCAGCAGCAGCAGAAGCAGUAGCAGCAGUAGCAGCAGGAGCAGCAAUACCAGCAGCAGCAGUAGCAGCAGCAGCAGCAGUAGCAGUAACAGCAGAUGUAAAUGCAGCUGGAGAUAUAGAUGCUGUAGCAGCAGCAGCAGCAGCAGCAGCAGCAGCAGCAGAUGUAGAUGCAGCAGCAGAUGUAGAUGCAGCAGCAGAUGUAGAUGCAGCAGCAGAUGUAGAUGCAGCAGCAGCAGCAGCAGCAGUAGUAGCAGCACAGAUGUAG